GACAAAUGGAAUGUAUGUUUCGUUCCAAUCCAAUCCAAUCUUUUGGAAUGGGUGAAAGUGAAGAACCUUGUUCAGUUUGUUGAUUUGCACUGCAAUACAAACAAAACACGAAAAAUGCGCAUCUUCUCUGUAACGCUGAGUUCCUUCUCUUCCCUCUCAGUAUCAGCUUCUCUGUCACAAUCUCACCUUCUCCUUUCCUCAAUUUUCCCCACAAAUUAACUCUCAAUCUCAAAACACCUUCGCAAUCCUAUCCCUAUCACACUCCCACGUCGGCAAAGAAGAAAGCUUAGGAAGAGGGUGAAGGAAAAUGGGUUUUCUACAAUCUUCACCCACUCCUCUGUUUCUCCAUCAAUGAAACUUUAUUGGAUUCAACCGUUUCUCUUAAUAUUUUGAUUGAUGGAAGAAUAGAGAGCCAAUUGCAUAUGGUUUCAAUUCUCAAAUUUCGCAGCAUCUUCUUCAUCACACUGGAAUCCACUAGCGGGCUAACGUACGGUGCCUCGAGACAUUGUCAUUUUGCAUCAGAAGAUUGGGGUAAAACCCCCAAAUUGAUACCAAACGAGAAGCCAAAUAGGGUGGGGCUCUUCUGGGACUUGGACAAUAAACCACCCAACUCAAUCCCACCCUAUGAAGUUGCCAAUAAGCUUAGAGUAGCUGCAUCUUCCUUUGGGGUUGUUAGGUAUACGGUGGCUUAUGCAAAUAGCCACACUUUUAGCCAUGUUCCUCAAGUUGUUAGAGAGAGGAGAAAAGAGAGGCAACUGUUGAAUCGUUUAGAGAAUAAGGGUGUUAUCAAGCCAAAUGAACCUUAUCUUUGUCGUGUUUGUGGGAGGAAAUUUUAUACUAAUGAAAAGCUUGUUAACCAUUUCAAGCAACUGCAUGAGCGUGAGCAUGUGAAAAGGAUGAACCAAAUAGAGUCAGCUAGGGGGAGCAGGAGGGUGAAGUUGGUGGCUAAGUAUUCUAUGAAAAUGGAGAAGUAUAAGAAGGCUGCAAGUGCUGUUCUGACUCCCAAAGUUGGGUAUGGUUUGGCAGAUGAGCUAAAACGGGCAGGGUUUUGGGUUCAAACUGUGUUGGAUAAGCCACAAGCUGCAGAUCUUGCAUUGAAAAGUCACAUGGUGGAUAUCAUGGAUCAUAGGAGGGUUGAGUGUGUGGUACUUGUAUCUGAUGAUUCUGAUUUUGUUGAUGUGAUAAAGGAAGCAAGGCUAAGGUGUUUGAAGACUGUGGUCAUUGGUGAUACUGAUGAUGGUGUCUUGAAAAGGACUGCUGAUACUGCUUUUUCUUGGGAGGAAAUUCUGAUGGGGAAGGCUAAAAAGGAGGCUGUUUCAGUUGUGAAAAACUGGAAGGAUCGUGAUAUCUUGAAAAGGUUAGAGUGGAGUUACAAUCCAGAUGUUGAUAAGAAGAAAUUGAAUCUGGAAGAUACCAUUGCCGAAUCAUUUGAAGAUGUUAAUAUGGAUGAUAUCUGUGGUGAAGCUGAUGAUACCUAUAACGAUGACAAAGGUUCUUGGUGGGAAUUAGAUUCUGAUGAUGAUGUUCCAAAUGGACAUUCAAGCAAACUUAGUCAUGUGUUGGGAUAUCCCAUUCAACAACAGACUAUUUACUCUUAAAAUCAGGAAUAUAGUUUUAUGGGUAGUAUUGAAAUAUUGUGGCAUGGUGCCCCCAUUUGAUUAUUUUGUUCCAUACACUGUAAUAGAAAUAGACUUCCUCAUUUUUAGAAUGUUAGAAUUUGAGAUGCAUUGUUUUCAUUGGUGUGUCAUCAAUGAUCAUUAGCUAAGUUGUAAUUGAUUUCUGUUUAGUUCAUUUCAACACUAGGAAAGAUUCAGUUCACCGUCAACUAGCAACUAUUUUUCUAUGAUAUUUGCAGUAAACUAUAGAGAAAGCCAAU